AUGAAGGCAGCAAGAGUCAAUGUCCUCCUCUUUUUAACCGAGUACUUCUUUCUGCAUAAAGGUAUACUGACAGAUGUCGGUCAGUGCUUUAUGAUGAUGAGCACAUACGACAAGUCUGCGUACUUGCUUGUCGGUGUAAUUGGCUUGGGCACGCCCUGUCGUGACGCUGGGCACAGGUACAUAAUCAAAACUCUGGAGCAGUACGUUUCCGGGGACUACUGUUUGGUCUACUUCCACUGGGGCCUUACCAGUCGAAACAAACCCAGCUUCUCCUGGAUGAUUAAGGCAUAUGACGAAAAGGUCAGUAUGAGAGGGCUAGCAGCCUCGAACAUUCCGGACGACGCGUCUGUCAUGUUUGAGCCUGAAACCGACGAAGAGGACCGUCUUCCACAACAGCAAUUUGGAGUUUCCCUACAAUACAUCAAGGAAAAUAACGGUGGUCGCCCAAUCCCGAUUGUGGUGGAAGACACCCUCACCUAUCUACGGGAUUACGGUAAUGUUGUUGUUGUUGUUUUGCGCGCACCUUUAUCCUUGAUACCCUCCGACUUGCAGUUCUCUGACAGCUAUAAAGAUUCCCUCCCCUUCCCGUUUUUGCUUUGA